GAUAUUAAGAAAGAGACGAGAGAAAGCGAUUAGUCCAGAUUGGAUGGGAACUGAGGAUCGGCACGGCUCCGCAGGGUUAUUUAUGCUCACCGGACCUGACAAACACUGAGGCGUCACCACUUCAAGCAAGAUGAAUAAAUGUUCCUCUGCCAACACUGCUAAGUGUGGUCAGAUGAGUCAAACAGUGGCUAACGCUACACAUGUGAGCCUCAGAGCACAGAACAGAGACUGCAAGAACAGGCAGGGGGCCGGACAGGCUGCAACGAACAGCCAGGAGCCCAGACGGCGCCCUCUCUCAACGGUCUCCACCGCCGCUGUGACCCCAUGUUCUCAUCAGCGGCGGUGGUCAGCUGACUUUUGCAAGCAGGUAACCUCCCCCGCCAUUAUUGUGAGGAAGACCAAGAAGGAACCACAGCCCCCUCAGCGUGGUAUAUCCCUCCUCCAACCUAACAGAGCAUCCCAUCCUUCAACCAAACGCCACUCCUGCCCCACCAUUGGGGUCUUUAGCCCACUGAGGCACCCACACUCCUCUUCCUCUUCCUCCUCAUCAUCCACCUCCUCCUGCUCCUCUCCUCCUCCCGUCCAGACAUCUGUCAUCACCGGCCACGACCCCCUAGGCUGGAAGCUGCAACCCAAGUCCAGGUCCAGCUCCUCACAGACUCACACUAAAAGGCUGUCCCUCCAGAUUCCCCUCCCGGUCAUCCCUGACCUCAAAACUAUUCCUGAACCCAACUCUCAGUCAGACGUCACUCCGAAUCCAGACCGCUCCACUAAACCCAAACCUUCUCGCAGACCCAAACCAACCCGUCGCCACUCAGACUCGUCAGCCUUCCUCAGAUCUCUGGCGACCCCCCUGCCUGUGGUGUCGCUAGAGGAGCUCUGCAACGUGCAUCUCCGCCCAGUCACGCUCUCAGACGAGUCUGACGACGUCUUCGGCGGCGGGAACGAAGAGGAGGUGAAGGUGGCCGCUCGGCCUCGCAAAACGCCGCCGCCUGUUCCACAAAAGACUCCCGCGGCGAGACAAGUAGCUCGACUGAUUGCUCGUUCACGCCAGUGCUGUACAAGUAAAGAAGAAAACAUUCACACCAGUGUCAUAAAGCCAAGAGCUAAACCCGCACGCACUGAGGACCACAGCCGCCUGCAUGACAGAAGAACUGGGCUGCGUGUGGAGCCCGGCUGCGACAGGGAGAGGUCCACUCCACGCUUCCCUGGCUGAGGAGACACCUGAGACUUCACAGUCAAAGCAAUUAACCACCAGGAACAGUUUCCAGGCUCCGGCACAUGUGCUGUAUGUCCAGGGGACGGGACACCAUCAGCUGAGCUUUGUACUCUAAAGUCUUUGAGAUUUCUAGAGUUUAAAAUAGACUUUUCUUGCUGCCCUCUCACACAAAUGAAAACUCAUUUGCAUGUUUUAUCUCAAUAGUUCGCUUCACUUCUCUAUUCUGAAACGUGACUUUAUUCUUUGUGUGAGUUCCAAGCAUUGUUUUUUUAUGGGCAUGUGGUGGUACUUGUAAAACAAACCCUCCAGAUGUUUGGCUGCUCUAAGAAACUAUGAAUCACUCAAUUUCCCUUUAAGUUACUGCUGCAUAUUUACCUGUACUGCGGGUGGAAUUUGCCUGAUGAUACCAGCCUUACAGGCUCGAGCCAACAGGAAAAAAAAUGAUGGCAAUAAUCAUAAAUCAGUCUUUUCAGUUUGUUUUUUGACGUGGGGACCCUUGUUAAAAAAAUGUCCCCUUCCUUCCUUCCUUCUUGUCAAAU